AACCCUUGUCCAUCACAUUGUCAACAUGCUCAUCGUGAGCAUCACCGAUCCCGAGGAAUUCUUCAAAAAUCUGUUCGAGUUGACAGUGCGACACAUUCGUUAUGGUGUCCGAGCGGAGUACCUCAGUCCAUUUGGACAAGCAGUGAUCGCUAUGUUGGAGGAGAUUUUAGCGGAAUCAUGGACUGAAAAGUCUGAAAAGGCAUGGAAAGAGGUUUCGAUGCAUCGAUUGCCAGAGCAGGCACUGUUACGUCUGACAACUUGUCUAGAUGUGGAAGCGAGCAGCAAACAGCAUGUCUCGCGGCCUGAACCUCGGAGGCAACGGUAUCACCCACGCGCUGGUCGAUGGAGACGUGGAUGAGUUGCGGGAUGCCGUUGCUUGUUCACCUCGCAACCAGAGAGCCAAAUGGUUGUGUGAGUUGAAUAUCAAUGGAGCCACCCUCUCGCCGUUGUACUGGGCGUUGCACGAUGGCAAGUACCCACUCGUGGA